CACGGGGCCGUCUUUUUGCGACUGGGUGCUUCAGGAAAGUAUUCGAGAUACCCCAUCUCGGCCAUGAAGGAAGAUAUGCUACCCUUCGCGCUCAGGGCGACUGACAUGUUUCGCAAAGUUGUGGAGGGGCUGCUGCAAGGCAAGCGGAAUAUGGAGUAUUUCAACCUUCUCGACUCAGCUUUGACGAAUGUCGUGCAAUGGCUGAAAGAAUUGCCACGUGUCUUCGACAUAAAGACAUCGCCGAAAGAAGUCUUCCGUCUAUUGGUCAUUCUCGAGAACCUGAUCCAGUGGCCAAGGAAACCCAACAGGCAUUUCAAAUCUCUUGAUCCUAUUGCAUACGAGCAGGGAUGGUUUCCUGGACUGUCAGAGUUCAUCAAACACCCCGAAACGGGGAAAGCAUUGUUGAGAGUGUUUGCAACAAGCACCAAAGCUUCAAAGGCCCGCCAGAAGCUGAUAGAGUCGCUCGAGAAAUUCACCAGGACAGAGCCCUCCGCAGUUGAACAACCGAAGCUAGCGGAAGUCGUGCAGACAAGACACCAGACGUUAGCCCAAGACAACUAUCAGUAUCACCUUGCUGAGUUGCACAGAGUGCUUGCGAUGAAUUGCAUUUGUCAACGUGGAGUCGACGAGAUGGCCAUUAGGGUGAAUUUGAGGUUGAGAGGGUUCGAAAGAGAUGAAAAGACACCCGAGGAUGUCACCUUUGGCGUUUUCUUUCUCGACCACCCCCACGAACACCACGGCAGCGAAGUAUGCCAUUGGCAAGACACAAAGAUCUGUAUUUCCAAGAAGAGGAGGAUCACCUUCGCAGGUUUUCCAGAGCAGCUAUCACACUCAAACUGUCAGAUACUUUCUAAAAAGGAGUUCUGCGAUAUAAUAUCGCAUCGCCAGCAAGCUCAACUACGCCUCGUUGCGCAAAGCGAUGACUUGGCCGUCAGAGAAUACGCUCCGUUAUCACGAUUCUUCUGCCCAUAUACUUCAAGCUUUAAACUUUCUGAAAUACUUGACGAUAAACUAAAACGAAAGCAAAGACUGACGAUAGCCUAUCUUGUGGCCAAUGCCGUAUGGCAGUUUUACGAUUCAACUUGGAUGCGAAAGGAAUGGAAUAAAGACACCAUCCAUUUCAUGCUUGAACGUCGUGGCAACACGGCCAAAGCAAUAUACGUCAACGAGCCGUUCCUUUCAACCCGUUUCGAUGCAGCCGAGCCUCCCUCCGAGGACAGGAUGAAAUUUCGAUAUCAUCCCCUGCCUAAGAUUCUAGCGCUUGGCAUCAUGAUGUUGGAGAUCGAGCUAGGUCUAAAUAUUGAAGAUUACUAUCAAGAUCGACCCGAGUUUUAUGAUGCUCAAGGUACUCUAACCGUCAAUGCGAGUCACAUCAUCGCAAUGGAGAUUUUCAAGACGUCAGACCUGUGGGAGGAGAGGGACACGUUCAAACCUUUCAAGGAAUUGAUUGGGGCUUGCUUGACUGCCGAUCCGUUUAGAAGUCUAGCGGAGCAUCCAGGACAACUUCGCGAUGCAAUCUACAAGCAUGUUGUUGCGCCUUUGAAGGGAUUCUAUGAGAUAGCGUGGGGGGACUUUGAAGAGUCAGACGUUGGACCUAUCCGCGUCCAGCCGGAAGGCGCAGAGAUGCCCCUGAUUGCCGGGUUCCAACGUCUUGCGACUGGUGCAAACGACCGGAGCCGGAGUGCGACGAUGCCGCUACCGAAAGGAUCAGUCAGUGAAGUCAGUUCCGCUCCUACAUCCGAUCGGUGGUUUGCCCAGCUUGAGAACCUGAAGACCAUCUUACGUCUUCCUCGAAGCAAAAGCGAUGCUUCAUACGCGCCUACGAAGAUAGCCAUCUUAGACACAGGCAUUGACAAGUCACAUUCCUCGUCUGUCGUGGAGUACCGGGACUUCUUGGACCCCAAGGAUGUCCAUCGUUGCGACAGUACUGGGCACGGAACCAGUGCCUUCAAGUUGCUACAGAAGGUGUACCCGGAAGCCCAAAUAUUUGUUGGUCGUGUGUGGGAGAGUAACCAAGCAAAUCAUGACACUGAAAAUAUCAUGACCAAGGCAAUUCGCUACGCUAGAGAGACCUGGAAAGUCGACAUCAUCAUCAUGCCAUCGGGCUUCGAAUCCGAAGACGAAGACAUGCUCAGAGCAAUCGAAGAAGCAAACGCAGCCCGCGUGCUGCUCUUCGCCGCCGCGUCCAACCAUGGGAAUUUGACAAACAUUGCAUUCCCAGCGCGCCUCUACCGAGCAGAAAAAACAUUCUGCAUGUUCUCCACCGACGCCAAUGCCAGGAGUCUGCCAGCCUUCAAUCCCUCCCCCUUACCAGGAGCUCGCAAUAGCUUCGCGAUCCUAGGAGAAGGCAUCACACUUGGUAGUGAUCCUCCCCUGUCAGGGACUUCAUUCUCAACCGUGAUUGGGGCGGCGCUCGCUGGGCGCAUUAUUGAUUUUUCGCGGCAUCAUGACACCCGGAGCCAGAUUCGCAGGUCGGAACACCUGAAGCGGGUGGAGGGCAUGGCGUCUGUGUUUGCCAAGAUGGCGAGGAUGGAUAAUGGGUACCGGUGCAUCGCUCCCUGGAGGCUGUUGCCCCAGAUGGAUUACGAAGACUUGUUGGACGUUUCCAACCGCUCGGAGAUCCGCCGGCGGCUCUGUGAGGUCAUUUCCGGAGCGUUGGAGGAGGUCUAUGGAUGA